GUAAGUAUUAUAUAUUAACAGAAACAGAAAAAGUUCAGCAAAAGACACUUAAUUAAUAUUUGGUUAAGCUUAUGGUUGAUGCUAAAUUUUAUGAACAGCCCAUGAUUUUUAUACAUUAAAGAGAUCAACUUAAUAAAAGUAAAAUGGGGAAAUAAAUUCUUAGCAAUAGUAGAAAAGGUUCUUUAAAUUUAUUUUUUAAUUGCUUUAAUAAUUAAAGAAUAAAGAAUUAUUCUUUUCCAAUAAGUACGAGUUUAUAAAACAAAAUUUAAACCAGAAAUAAAAUUAAAAUUACUAAAAAGAAUGAAGAUUAGAAGAAGUAAAUGAUAAAUUUUUAUUUUUAUUUUUAGAUUAAAGAUUCGUAUAAAUGAAAAUAAAUUAAAAAAGAAUGUUAAAUAAAAUAGAUCUUUACGAAUAGGAAUAUUGAAAUUAAAUGAUAUUUCUUGA